AUGAUAACAACUCAUAAAAACAGCCCGUUGAACUUCAGGGGAAGAACAGUGCUCUCCCAAACUUGAACAUGGCUGCACUGGUAGUAGCUCUAUUGGUCACGGUUUUAACCUUGGCGAUUUGGUUCGUGAAACGAAAGUACUCGUACUGGUCGCGACAGAAUGUACCUCACGUGGAGCCGAGCAUCCCCUACGGCAACUUCAAGGAACUUGGACAAGUGUCGAUCUUCGAGCUAUCUUCACGGUUCUACAACCAGAUGAAGACUUCCGGACGGUACUUCGGUCUGUACUUCUUCCUGGAGCCGAUCCUGGUCGUAACCGAUCUGGACCUGAUCAAAACGAUCAUGAUCAAGGACUUUGCGCACUUCCCGGAUCGGGGCCAGUACUACAACGCGCGCGAUGAUCCGUUGAGUGCGCACCUGUUCAACAUCGAGGGUAACGGGUGGAGAUCGCUGCGAGCUCGACUGACGCCGACGUUCACCUCUGGCAAGAUGAAGAUGAUGUUCCCGACGCUGAAGGUCGUGGCGGACCGGUUUGCGGAGUACUUGACGAGGUCGGUUGAUAGUGGGGAUGCGGAUAUGGAGGUGAAGGACUGUUUUCAGCGGUUCACGAUCGACGUGAUCGGAAGUUGCGCGUUUGGGAUUGAGUGUAAUAGUUUUACCGAUCCGGACAGUCGCUUCCGAAAGGUCGGUAAUCAGAUAUUCAGCAAUCCGAGGAAUUCGACAGCGGUGAGGUUGUUUUUGAAAACGUUUCCCGAUCUUGGCCGGAUGCUGCGGAUUAAGAGUUUGAACAGUGAAGCGACGGAAUUUUUCUACAAGACGGUUCAGGAUACGGUUGGAUACCGGAAGGCGAACGGCGUUGAGAGGAAUGACUUCUUGAACUUGCUGCUUGAGCUGGAGAAGAAGGGAGUGGAUCUUUCGAUGGAUGAGAUUGCGGCGCAGGCGUUCCUAUUUUUCAUUGGCGGAUUCGAGACUUCGUCGUCGACGCAGACCUUCUGUAUGUACGAACUGUCGUUGCAUCCGGACAUUCAGGACAAGGCUCGACAGUGUGUGCUGGGAGGGAUUAAGAAACAUGGAGGAUUGACUUAUGAGGCCGUUUCUGACAUGCCCUAUUUGGAUCAGUGUAUCAACGAAACCCUUCGGAAAUAUCCAACCCUACCAAUUUUAGAGCGGAAGACCUUCAAGGACUACCAGAUUCCCGAUUCAAACGUGGUGAUUCAAAAAGGAACCCGAAUCCAGAUCCCGGUGUACGCACUUCAGCGAGAUGAACGGUACUACCCGGAACCGGACCGCUUCGAUCCAGAUCGUUUCACCGCGGACGAGAUGGCCAAUCGUCACGUCAGCACUUUCCUACCAUUCGGAGAAGGUCCCCGGGUCUGCAUCGGUCAGCGUCUUGGAAUGAUGCAAUCACGCGUGGGCUUGGCUACCGUUUUGAGUAAUUUUAAAGCCAGUACCUGCGCCAAAUCUCAAGUUCCGCUGCAGAUUUCAAGCAAAUCUGCGGUUCUGCAACCUCAGCAGGGAGUUUGGGUGCGCGUUGAACCACUAAAAUAAGACUUGAGCCCAAUAAAAUUAGUAUUAUGUAGAUCA